AUGGGAAUCCAUGGCUUGGCCAAGCUUAUUGCCGACGUGGCUCCUGGCGCCAUCCGGGAGAACGACAUCAAGUCCUACUUUGGGCGGAAGGUGGCUAUAGAUGCCUCCAUGAGCAUCUACCAGUUCCUGAUCGCCGUGCGGCAGGGAGCCGAGGUCCUGCAGAACGAGGAGGGCGAGACCACGAGCCACCUGAUGGGAAUGUUCUACCGGACCAUCCGCAUGGUGGAGAACGGCAUCAAGCCGGUUUACGUCUUCGACGGCAAACCCCCGCAGCUGAAAUCGGGGGAGCUGGCGAAGCGGACGGAGCGCCGGGCUGAGGCUGAGAAACACCUGCAGGAAGCUCAGGAGGCCGGAGAGGAGACCAACAUUGAGAAAUACAGCAAGAGGCUGGUGAAGGUGACCCAGCAGCACACUAACGAGUGCAAGAAGCUACUAACGCUGAUGGGCAUCCCCUACGUGGAAGCGCCGGGGGAGGCUGAAGCCAGCUGCGCGACCUUGGUGAAGGCUGGGAAGGUCUACGCAGCUGCCACGGAAGAUAUGGAUUGCCUGACCUUCGGCAGUCCCGUACUGAUGCGGCAUCUGACUGCCAGCGAGACGAAGAAGCUGCCCAUCCAGGAGUUUCACCUGAGCCGUAUUCUGCAGGAUCUAGAUCUGACCUGGGAACAGUUUGUGGAUCUGUGUAUCCUCCUGGGCUGUGACUACUGCGAGAGCAUCCGUGGCAUUGGGCCCAAGCGCGCCAUCGAGCUCAUCAGGGAGCACAAAACCAUUGAGAAGAUUGUUCAGCAGAUAGACACCAAGAAGUACCCUCUGCCUGAGAACUGGUUGCACAAAGAGGCCCAGAAGCUCUUCCUAGAGCCUGACGUGGUCGACCCCGACACUGUAGAGCUGAAGUGGAGCGAGCCGAAUGAAGAGGAGCUCGUCCAGUUCAUGUGCGGCGAGAAGCAGUUCAACGAAGAGCGCAUCCGCAGCGGGGUCAAACGGCUGAGCAAAAGCCGGCAGGGCAGCACGCAGGGCCGGCUGGACGACUUCUUCAAGGUCACGGGCUCCAUCACCUCAGCCAAGCGCAAGGAGCCCGAGACCAAGGGCUCGGCAAAAAAGAAGGCCAAGCCCAACAGCGCCGCGAAGACCAAAAGGGGAAAAUAG